AAUUUAUGAAAACGUCAGAGUGCGGAAGUGGUGGUUGUUGUGGGCAGUGCGCAGUGCACUGUGCAUGGCGAAUGGCCAAUAACAGAAGAACUAUGGCAAAUUAGCAGUUUCUUUGUUGUUUUUAAAUGACCGUGUGAUGUUGACGAAGCCCGGAAACAUCAGCGAACAUAACUUCAAGCUAACGCUAACAGUUAGCACAGAAAGCAGCCAUGGCUGAGGCCGGAGCACACCUGACCUCCACCGCUGUGAAUGAGCAGCCGUCCAUCUUUGAGGUGCUGGCACAGGAGUCUCUGAUGGAGGCGGUCAGACCGGCACUGAGACACGCUGUCAAGGUUCUGGCAGAGUCCAACCCAUCCCGUUUUGGCUUCCUGUGGCGAUGCUAUGAUGAGCUCUACCUGCUGCUGGACCUCCUCCUCCAGAACCACUUCCUGUCUCGCUGCAGUGCCUCCUUCUCUGAGAACUUUUACGGCCUGAAGAGAGUUUCGGGAGGGCGAGGACUUCCCGUUCGCCUGGGGCUGCACAGGAAGUCGCACUGGUGCUCUCUUCUUGUUCUCUGCUUGGUACCGUACCUGCGGGCCAAGCUGGAGGCGACACUGGCGCGGCAGAGGGACGAGGAGGACUUCUCUAUCCGGCUGGCACAGACCAGGAGUCAGAGGCUGUACAGGGCGGCCGUGGCAGCGUACCCGUACGUCAGCUCGGCCUGGCAGGCCUGCGUCUUCUGCCAGCAGCUGCUCUUUGUCUUUGGAGCGGCCAGGACCCAUAAUCCCUUGCUGUGGCUGGCCAGGGUCAGACUGGCACGACUUAAUGUUCAAGAUAUCAGAGACAUGGAGCUGAAGGGCAGCAAAACUGGCAAUCCAGCUGAGGGGAGCCUGGUGCAGAGAGUGUGGUGGUUGAUGUCACAAGGUGCGCAGGGCGUGGCCGUGUCCCUCUCCACCUCGUUGUCGCUGGGCGUCUUUUUCCUACAGUUCCUAGAGUGGUGGUACUCCUCAGACAACCAGAGCACUGUGAAAAGCCUCACCUCCCUGCCUGCUCCUCCGCCUCCCCUCCACCUGCAGCAGGAGCAGAGCGGACAGGACUCUGCAGCCAAUCACGGCAAAGAAACUGAGCCCGGCUCGGUCUACAGGAGCUGCCCGCUGUGCCGGAGGCUCCGCACAAACGCCACGGUGCUGUCCACCUCCGGCUUCGUCUUCUGUUACCGCUGCAUCUACAUGUACGUGAAAUCCAACCGCCGCUGCCCGGUCACAGGCUAUCCCACGGAGCCGCAACACCUCAUCAAGAUCUACUCACCGGAGAGCUAGACCUCAUCAGUUGACCACAUAUACAAGUUUACUAUCUGACGACAAACUCUUCCAGAAAGAAAGAAAAGAAAGGAAGGAAGUGUCCUUGAUUUUUAAAAAGAUCUCGUCAGUAGGUGAUGAGUUGGCUAGUUUCCCUCUGCAGCGGGAUGUUUAGGAGCCGUGUGUUUUAAACAAAACUGUAAUCAUUGGGAUAAACACUUUGAUGUUUAUGUAUGAAAUAGUGUCUGAUACAUUAUUCAGUGAUACCAGCUGAUUUAUGUGAUGCUGGAAUGUUUUCUGAGCUUACGUCAUAUUUAAUAUUUAUGAAUUAAUUCUGAAAUGGUUUCCUCGGUGGUAUUAAGAAGACAUUUCUUUUUUUGUAACUGUACAGUCUCUGUUCAUCAGCCAGUGGUGGGAUGUCGGUUCCCUCUGUAUUUGACGAACUGUAACCGGACGGAUUAAUGUUUUAAAGACUGAUUCCAGUAUUUGACUGAGGAUAUUUAACUUGGACUAAUUUACUUAUAAAAUAAAUAAAUUGUUGCAACUAA